UAAACCGUUACGUGAAACCUUUGUGCUCUACUUUGUUCGUAUUUUGCUUUAAUGAUUAUCAUUCACGAUCGCCAUGAUACAUCUGUGUGACCGCAACAAAAAAUACAAAUAACAUUCAUAACCUCCGAUAUAAAAUAAAAUGAUUUUUUAAAAGAUAUGUUUGUAUGUAUGUGCAUAUGACGUAUAACCAAGGACAAUGGAACACAACCAUAAAUAUUGUCAUGAAUAUAAUGGAUAUAAAAGAUAAUUCUGAAAAUGAUAAUUUUGGAUCUUAUCAUGCUUUGCUGAUCGCAUUCAAAACAAUGAAGGAACGUUGUCAACAAUUACAAACAAGAUUAGCUGCUGUAGAAGAAGAAAAUUUGUGUUUAAGACUCGAAUGUGGAAAGGAUAUGUCUACUGCGAUUGUAAAAGUCAAUAGUAAUGACAAAGCUGUGAUUCAAACUUUACAGGAAAAAGUAGAAAAUCUUAAAAAACAAAAGUCACAAUUAACCCAUCAUGUCUUUAUGGUUGCUGCAGAAAAUCGUCAUUUAUGGAACCGACUAAUCAGAUUAUCAAAAACCAAUAAGUCUUUAGAAAUGCAUUUCACAAAAAUUUCUGAUGCAUUAAAACAACAUCCUUCUACUCAAUCAUUUGAUAUUAUGUCACAUAGUUUUUGUAAUAUUCCAUCUCCUAUUAAACAAGAAACAAAUAAAUGUAUAUUGGGUAUAGAUAAUGGUGAAAAAGAGCAGAGUUUGGAAGAAAUAUCACUUAAACUUAUCAACAGUAUUAUGUUAGAAAAAUCUGAUCUUGAACAGCAGUAUGCAGAGAUGGUAGAAUUACAAAAUAACGCUGACUUAAAUUUACAAAAUAUUGGUUUCACUUAUCCAGAAGAUUCUGAUACAGAUUCAUUAGAACAAUUAAAACAACAUGAUGUAAGAUUAUCACAAACAAAGGAUGCCUUAUUAGCACAACAGAAUAGAUUGAAAAGAGCUAUACAGAAUAUGAAAAAAAUUAAAAGAGGAGGAAUGUGUAAUGGUUGCCGUAAAAAUGCGAAUAAAAAAGUUGUGCAUAUAGGAAUACAAUUUAAUUCAGCUGACAGUUUUCAAGAACAUGGUUCAACACAAACAAGUUUACCACCAAUAAGUUUAUCUUUAGAAAAAUGUGCUACUGAAAAUUCAGAUACUGAUGAUAAAAUUUGUCCAUUAUGUGGAUUUUUUUAUGGAAAGUCUAUCCCAUUUGCAGAAUUUCAUGAACAUGUUUUGAGUCAUUUUACGAAAGAUACAUCUGUAGAUGGGUUUGAACUUGUACAUUAAUCCUAUGUAUAGAAAAGUGAUGAAAAGCAAUUCUAUAAAAUCUGUUGUCAAUUUA